AUGACAAAGUGGAUUGAACUAGAGAAGAGAUUCAGAACAAAACAAACAAUUGAUAAGUAUUUACAAGAACAAAUUAACAGAGAAAAGGAACAUUGGGAAAAGGUUCUACUUAGGAUUAUAGCUAUAAUCAAAUAUCUUUUUAAAAAUAAUUUUGCUUUUCAUGGAGCAAAUGAAAAGAUAUAUGAAAAAGGAAAAGGUCUUUUUAAUGAGCUUGUUAAUGUUUUAAAAAAAUAUGGCCUUAAUAUUGAUGAUAUAAGGGGACAAGGUUAUGAUAAUGGUUCCAACAUGAAGGGUAUCAAGAAGUGCAAAGGAGAUUAUUAG